AUGGAAACUCAAGAAGAUUGCACAAUUAGACGAGGACAACCUAUUCGACGGUAUCAAAAUGAUUACAAACCUGAUGGACAUGCUUCAACUUCCAUGAUAAUGAAUCAAUCGCAGUACUUAAACGUUGGACGGUCUACCGUAAGAAUAGCUGUAUAUUUAAUGACUGGAAUCUUUUUAACAAUGGAUAUUGAACAUAAUUCUACUGCACAUCAAAUUCUUGCAAUGAUACAAUCUGAAGCAGAGUUAGGAUUAACAAGAAUUCCUCUAUUCACUGGACAAACGGUUUUUGCUUUAUGGCUUUGCUCUUCAAGACUAGAAGUUCAAUUACGUCCGAAUCAUAAACCUUUAGAAUUGGCUACAAAAUGGAACCGUUUAGUAAAAAAAUAUAGUUCUCAGAGAGAUGAAUCAGAUGAAGAACCUUUACUGUAUUUUAGAAGAAAUGUAUUUCUUUCUCGACUAGAUGAAGAGCAAAUAAAAGAAGCCAAAAUAUUAGAACUACUGUAUGCAGAAGCUAGGAAUAAUGUAUUGCAAGGACGUUAUCCAUGCGAGGGACAGGCUCGGUACGCAAGUUUGGGUGCUUUGCAAGCACGUAUUGAACUUGGUCCGUACAAUCCUCAAUGUCAUACAUUAGCAUUUUUCAGAAGACAUCGUGGUCGAUUCUUGCCUCAUCAUUACACUUCUCCCAGUUUAUUAUUAGGACUUGGUGUUGGAUUAGGAUUAGUGGGAGGGAAAGGAGCACCAGAAGCUCGCCUGCUUGAACAGUACAAACGAAUACCUAAUCACACAGGAACUAAUACAAAUUCGAGGAAGCUUAUCAGAAAAUAUUUAGAGUUUUGUUGGAGUUUGCCGUGUUACGGUGCUGCUUUUUUCCAAGGGCAAAUCGAACGUCCUGUGAGAGGCCUUGCAUCAUGGAUUACAAAUCGCGAUAUGCUUGUACUCAUUGCUAUUAAUUCGUCUGGUGUAUAUAUCGUGGAUGACAUUCAAUGCAGUUUGUUAUUGGGUCUAAGGUAUUCAGAGUUAAGUUGGGAAAUGGCAAAACCUUCGGAUGAAGAUAAUGUGGAUUGUUUGCCAUGUUUAUUUUUACAAUUCCCUGUACGGGAAAAUGGAGCACGAGUUUAUAAAAUUCUACAAGUAUUCUCGAGACAGGCAAUAAUGAUGGAUACAUUAAUUUCUGGCUUUGCUGAGGAAUAUCGUCGCCAUGGAGUUAACGGUGACGUUACGAAUACUGAUCGUUUAACGGACCAUGCGAUAGGUUCCAAUGCCGGAAGUUUUACUAAUAAACUUAGUAAAUUUACAUUAGCUACAUUUGACGAUGAAGGUCGAUGUAUUGGGCAAAUGGGUUCUUGGUCUUUUCAAUGAGAUAUUGUUUCUAAUAUUUUUGACUCAGUAUCAUCUUUAAGUACUAUAAGAUGCG